AUGGGGCUAAGUGACUCUCUCUUAUAUUCAGCUAGUCUCUGUCCAAUCCUAGUGAAUCAAUGGCUGUGGGCUCAAAGCUCAGCUCUGGAAAAAUAUAAACAACUAAGACACCCCGCCCCUCAUGGGCAACAACUGGAAGAGAAGAACCAGACCCUCCCACUACAGCACAACCAGAGUACAACCUUGGAUGGUACCCAGGUGAUCACCUUGGCCAAGAGUUCCAAACCAAUUGUCCUGGUCAGCAUAAAUGCAGAUCAAGUGGGAGAAUUCAGAAGGUCUCCAGCAACUAGACAGCAGGAGUCCACUGGCAGCUCAAGUGUGACUCACUCUGGUGCUCCAUGGAAUCAGAAAGGCUUACCCAGCAAAAGACUGUUGGAAGACUUGAAGAUGUUGGAAGACGUGAAGAUACUGGAAGAUGCAGAGAUGCUGGAAGACAUGAUGAUGCUGGAAGACGUAGAGAUGCUGGAAGACGAGCAGAUGCUGGAAGCCCUGGAGAUGCUGGAAGACCUGGAGUUGGAAGACGUGGAUUUUCUGGAAGACACAGUCUUGCUGGAAGACGUGGAUUUUCUGGAAGACAAAGCUUUGUUGGAAGACGUACCUUUGUUGGAAGACAUAGGUAAGCUGGAAGACAUGACUUUGCUGGAAGACGUGGAUUUUCUGGAAGACAUGGAUUUCCUGGAAGACGUGGAUUUUCUGGAAGCUGUGGAUUUGAUGGAAGACGUAGAUUUUCUGGAAGAAGCAGAUAGGCUGGAAGACCUGAGAUCAUUGGAAGACGUAGACUUUCUGGAAGACUUGGCCUUGGAAGACACGGAUUUUCAGGAAGACCCGAAUUGUCCGGAAGACCUGGAUUGUUGGAAGACGGUGGAUUUUCUGGAAGACUAGGAAACCUGGACGUUUUUGGAAGACAUGAAUUUUCUGGAAGACAUUGGUUUAUUGGAAGACAUGGAUUGA